AUGGAUGUGAGUGGCUCUCCGUCUGAGCUGGCUUGUCUGAAGGCCGCGGCUGCUGAGCUGGCUCGUCUGAAGGCCCGUGACGACCUCUUGGAAGAGCUCGCCGCUGAAGGCAGCGCAGAGCUGAAAGCUGAGACCAACAUGCUGCUGAAGGAAUUUGCCCACUUGCUUCAAACUUACAAGAUGAAAGGCUGCAUCAGUUUCUAUGGACGUAGAGCGUUGCAAAUGGUUCCGAGCAACGAUUUCGACUUCGUAGUUGAUUUCAAUCACGUUCUUGAUGAAGGAUACAUUGACCUGGCAGUAAAGAUUGUGAAGGAAAACGAUGCUUGCCGUGGCAAUGCAUGGUUAUUAGGGACAGCAAUAAAUUUUCUCAGGACACCGCGUCUGCUGGAUAGGAAUGAACUGCAAUCCGUUUUCUUGGACUUUGAAAAUUUGCCCGUGUCCAUGAAGUCCUUCGCUCAGUAUGAUGCUUUAGACCUGGUUCAAGGAGAUGCUUCGCCCUUUGGACAGGAAAAUCAUCUGGUGACAGCCAGGUUUAUUGGCAGGCAGAUUUAUAUCAGCGCCGAGGAGCAUGUGCUUAAGCAGAAUCUUGCUGGAAAAACCUGGGGAGGGCAGUUUGAAGCAAAAGAUAUUUAUAUCAUUCUGUUCAGCCGCACAAGUAUCUUGUGCCUGAUCCGACCAAGUGGAGAAACCCUUGUUUGCUCUCCUGAAAAUAGGGUCUUGGACAUCAAAAAGCUGCACGAAAUCAUGUCUGUGAAGUAUGAACUUGCCGGACACUUCCCUCCGCACUUCAAAUGCCUGGAUGACGAUAUAUCUCUCUUGGACGCUACCACCAUUGAUGUGAGCUCAGUGGUGCAGUAUCUCCCUUAUCACGUUGCACUCAUGCCAUUUGCGGCAAACGAGUAUCUUACUGAGAAGCUGCACAAGGCUAUAGAAAGUGUCCGGAUUCCAGCCAACGAAUUCCGUGAUUAUAUCUCCGUGUUUGAGUCAGUGCCGGCUGGUAAUGUUGAUUGGAGGGACGACUACACCGAGUCAAAUUCACAGGAUGAGUUGCUAAAGGCAGUCUAUAAGCACGAUCCCAGAGCUAUCCAACAGAUUUUGGACAAGAGCAUUGGUCCAGUUCAGGAGGACACGAGCAACACUGAGGUGCAGAUCACAAGUGCCACUGUGCUCCAGGAGAACACGAGGUUCGCUGAGCUCCAAGAGAGCACAAGGCAGGACAGCUCAAGCUCCACGGGGGUAAGGUCUAGUGCAGUGACUGAGAAAACUAAGUUCAAGCGAAACAAGAAAGGAAAGCUAGCCUUCAAACGCCAUUUGGAUGUGCAUUUGCACAGCCACUUGGCUGCUAAAGCUGGUACAAGGCCGCUAAGUGGCAUGUUUCAGGCGGAGGCGUACUCAUCAAAAAACAACGAUGUUCUUGGAGAGAUAUUCACUGAUCUGUUCAGUGGUCCGUCAAUGAAGAUGAAGAAAUUCCUUCGGCCGAUCAUGGCACACUACCGUCACUUGAGAGAUAUGGAUGAUGAGUGA